AUGACUGGUCGUAUGUCUUCACCAUCCCCCCCCCCGCCCCCCCCAUCACACAAAAUCCAUCAUACUGACUUCUUCCAGGCGGAAAGGGUGGCAAGGGCCUCGGAAAGGGCGGUGCCAAGCGUCACCGAAAGAUCUUGCGCGACAACAUCCAGGGUAUCACCAAGCCCGCCAUUCGUCGUCUCGCGCGUCGUGGUGGUGUCAAGCGUAUCUCUGCCAGUAAGUUCUUCCUGACUCGAUCCAGCUUCACCACCAACAUGUCCUGACACGCGUCACAGUGAUCUACGAAGAGACCCGUGGUGUCCUCAAGACCUUCCUCGAGGGCGUCAUCCGCGAUGCCGUCACCUACACCGAGCACGCCAAGCGCAAGACCGUCACCUCCCUCGAUGUCGUCUACGCCCUCAAGCGACAAGGCCGUACCCUCUACGGUUUCGGUGGUUAA